AUGGCAACUCGAUGGGGACUCUGUGGAGCAGGAAAGAUCAGCCAUGAUUUUAGUGUGGCCAUUAAGACUCUGCCUCCGGGAGAUCAUCGGAUUGCAGUCAUUGCAUCGAGGAGUAUUGACCGUGCCAAAGAUUUUGCCCAGAAACAUUGUAUUCCUAAGGCCUAUGGCAGCUAUGAGGAGCUGGCCAAUAACCCAAAAAUUGACAUUGUAUAUCUGGGAAUGCUGCAUACAGAACAGUGGAGAGUUGGCAUGCUGUUCCUCAAGGCUGGGAAAAAUGUGCUGUGUGAAAAACCCUUUGCUAUGAACUCCAGAAAGGUUAAAGACCUCGUUGCCACAGCUAAGAAAAACCAUGUCUUCCUGAUGGAGGCCAUCUGGUCCCGCUGUUUCCAUGUGUAUGCUGAGGUGCGCAGGCUGCUGGCAGAGGAGGUGGUUGGGGAUGUGAAGCUGGUAAAAGCCUACUUUGGCUCCCCUCAGCUCGACAUUCCCCGAUCAGUGCAGAAGGAGCUGGGUGGAGGACUCACAGAAUAUUACAGACUUAAGGAGAGUAAACGGAUGCCUCUGGCAGAUUCUGUCUUGCUGUCAGAGAUCAUGGCUGAAAUCAGGAAACAAGUGGGAGUUGUCUUUAACCAAGACAGCCAGUGA